CGGCCCGCCUAUUUGUUAGGGGGGAAUAAGAACCCCGACACUUGCCAGUGAAGGACUUUGGACUCUGGGUUUGGUCAGAGGAAGCACCUCAGAAAGCAGCACUGUGUGGAAUGGACCUCAAGGGGAGUCGGAGCGUGAAGCUGAGUGACGGGAACUACAUGCCAGUGCUGGGGCUUGGCACCUACGCCUCUCCCGAUGUUCCAAAGAGCAAAGCCCGUGAGGCCACCGAAGUGGCCAUUGACGUUGGCUACCGGCACAUAGAUGCUGCCUACUUAUACCAGAACGAGGAGGAGGUAGGAGAGGCGAUGCGUAAGAAGAUGGCUGAUGGCACUGUGAAGAGGGAGGACUUGUUCUACACCACCAAGAUCUGGGGAACUUUUUUCCGACCUGAAUUGGUUCGUCAGUGCCUGGACCGAUCCUUGAAGAAGCUCAAACUGGACUACGUGGACCUUGUCAUCCUUCACAUUCCUGUCGCCCUGCAGCCAGGAGAGGAACUCCUGCCCACGGAUGCCAGUGGGAAGAUGCUCCACGACACCGUGGACCUGCGUCAGACGUGGGAGGCCCUGGAGAGCUGCAAAGACGCAGGGCUGACCAGGUCCAUCGGCGUGUCCAACUUCAACCGCAAACAGCUGGAGAUGAUCCUCAGCAAGCCGGGGCUCAAGUACAAGCCCGUGUGUAACCAGGUGGAGUGUCACCCCUACCUGAACCAGCAGAAGCUGUUGGACUUCUGCAGGGCCAGAGACAUCGUCCUUGUGGCCUACAGCGCCCUGGGGUCCCACAGGGACCCUCGAUGGAUCCCCCAAGACAGUCCAUAUCUCCUGGAGGAGCCAGUCCUGAGGGCCAUCGCCAAGAAACACGGCCGCAGCCCGGGGCAGGUGGCCCUGCGUUACCAGCUGCAGCGGGGGGCGGUGGUGCUGGCCAAGAGCUUCAGUGAGAAGAGGAUCAAGGAGAACUUCCAGGUGUUUGACUUUGAACUGACCCCGGAGGACAUGAAAGCUAUUGACGGACUCAACAAUAACUUUCGCUAUUUCAAAAUGGACUUUGGGAUUGGCCACCCCAACUACCCGUUUGCUGACGAGUACUGAGCGAGAGUGCCAUCUGACACCGUUCCUCAGCUGAAUGUGGUAGGGGGGACCCAUGUGCAUGGCUGAUGGGGGUGCACUUGCGGCUCAGCCCAGCCGCUCCUGACAGGCCUGUUUUUCCCAGGGAAAUAAUAAAGACUCAGAUUGAGGGGUUGUGUCUCGAUUAUUCAGUCACAGGUUAUUCACAGACCAAUUACAUUUAAUUUGGAAGUAAAAGGGUAAGAAUUAGACUGAAACAACUUUCAACUUACCUAUUAAAACUGCGUCACUGGGGGACAUUUUCUUCAUGAUUUUCCCUGUUUUUCCUUCUUGCUUUAUU